GCAUGUGACUGCAAUUUGGCCAACGACUUUUUAACUGAUGGCACAUCCAUUUAAAUACAAUUGGGCAGAUAAUGUGCCGCGAUAAGGUGCGCAUGCAACGACUAAAAGCAUCGGCAAUGGACGUUGGCCAUUGGCUAUCGUGGACAGUUAACUGAGGACACUUGGCUGGCUCAUUUGCGGUUCAGCAUGUUGUCGAGCGAGUCGGUGCAAUCGAUUCAUAACAUAACGCUAAUAUACGCAGUGGUGUGGACGAUUAACAGCCACUAUGCCAGCGACUCCAGCAAGCCGCUCUCGAUCAUGAAUUUCGCCAGGCGGGAAUCGAGCCGUGACCUGCACAAUGAUCUCACUGAUGCUGUGCUGCGUCUGGCCUCAGCUGCCGGGCGCAUUAAGUUUUUGCUGCAGAACGAGGGCAUCGUUACCGACGAGUCGCUGGCCGAAGACGCACCGCAGGCGCCACCAAGUGGAGUUCUGGGCAGGGACACGGGACUGUUUCUGCUCGAUAGCUGGGCCACCUAUUUACGACUGGAGCGGCAUCUGAUGCAGCCGGGCAGCUUCUACAAGCGCAAUGGCUACUAUUGCAUCGUGUAUACGGGCGAGGAGACCGGGCGCCUUAGCGUCAUUUACAAAAUCUUUCAGCGCCUCCUUGCCAUCUACGUGAUCAACGUGAAUGUGCUGCUGGCCAAUCGGCAGAAUGGCACCAUCCAGGUGUACAACUACUAUCCAUACCGUCCGCAUCGCUGUCAGUCAUCGGAGCCCGUGCACUAUGCCACCUUCCAGGGCAGCCUGGGUGCUCCGCCGAUCUUUCAUUUGGAGAACAGCGUUCGUUUCUUUGACAGCAAAGUGGAUGACAUGCAUGGCUGCAAGCUGGUCACCGUCACAUUUCAGCACCGUCCAUUUGUCAUCAUCGAUGACAGCAGCAAUCUGACUGAUGUGCAGCGUCUGUUGGGUAUCGAGGGCAGGAUUUACCAAUUGCUGGCCGAGCGCAUGAACUUUGCAGUUACAUUGGUGAAGGAGCCCAAUGGGGAUCGUGGCAUUGUCCAUCCUAAUGGCACAUUAACAGGCGCUAUGAAGAUGAUCGUUGAUGGCUUGGCGAACAUUACCUUCGUCUCAUACAUGUACAACAAGGAGCGCGCCAUGUAUAUGCUGCCGAGCAUCUCGUACACCAGCUUUCCCAUUGUACUGUGUGUGCCUGGAGGCCGUCCACUGACGCCGCUGGAGAGGCUGACCAAACCGCUCGGGUACAUCACGUGGAUUUGCCUGUUGACCAGCAUACUGACCGGCCUGACGCUGAUUACAAUGCUUCAGUUGUUGAGUGUGCCGCGAUUGCGUCGCUUUGUGCUCGGCGAGAGCAAUCGACGGCCUGCCACGGAGCUGUGGAGCACUCUGUUUGGUGGCAUUCACAUGCAUCCGCCACGUCGGAACUUCGCCCGUUUCCUGCUAGCCAUGUGGCUGCUCGAGACGCUGGUGCUGCGUGCCGCUUACACGGGCGAGAUGUACAUAUUGCUACAGGAUGCACGGGUGCGUGCACCGCUGCGCACGCUGGCUGAGGUGCUGGACAAGAAGUUCGAGUUCCAUAUGCUGCCUGCACUGAAGCCAGUGUUCCGAGAGCUGGUCAGUCAGGAGCGAGUUGUGCUCAUUCCCCGGCUGGAGGAAUCGCUCGUGCAGCUACGCGACAAUGCCGAGGCGCAAUUUGUGGUGCCAUUGCUGAGACCAACCGCAUCCCGAUUCGAUAUGGACUCCGGACCCGAGAAGCCGCGUCUCACCGUGCUUCGUAAUCCCAUGCUAACUGCCCCGAUGACCCUUUACAUGCGUCCGCACUCGUAUCUAAAGCAACGCAUCAAUAAGCUGCUGAUCAAUAUGAUGUCCUCGGGCCUGGUGGACCGCUUUCGUCGCAUGUAUCUGGACAGGAUCGAGCACAUAGUCAAUCUGCGCAACCGUGAGCCCACCAAACUCAGCCUCUGGCAGCUGGGCGGCCUCUUUGCCAGCUUUGGAUUGAUGCACCUGUUGGCCAGUAUCGUCUUUCUGCUCGAACUGCACGCCGCUCAGCCGCACCGACCGCGUUUGCGCCGACUCAUGAAUGCAGCCAACCGCUAUAUGGUCUAAAGCGGCAGCCACUAAAAGAAAUCGAAAAGUUUUCCCCUCAUUUGCUUUGUAUUUUAUCUAGACAUUAAUUGAAUUGCAAUGUAAUCACUCAACUGCAAUGAACUUAUCUACAUGUUAACUUAACGGUAUUGUGUCUUAACUAAAAUGUAACGUAUACCAAUUGUAACUUAUCUACAGAAGACUUAUCUAACUAUCUUUUAAUUUGUGUGCAUUGUAAUUAUCUGAAUUAUAACUUAUCCAGUCAGCAACUUAACAUGAGCUUCAUAUGACGUAACUACAUUGUAACUCAUUGUAGAUGUAACUUACACACAUGAUAGAUUAACUCUCCUUAAGCAUAUCUAUAUUGUAACUUAUCUACAUAUCUACAAUAUAACGUACAUUAACUCUCCUUAAGCAUAUCUAUAUUGUAACCUAUCUACAAUUUGCCGUAUCUAUAUCUUAGCUUAACUACAUUGCAUACAACUUCUCUACAGUUUAAAAUAUCUAAAUUGUGACUUAUUUAUGAUUGUGAUUUAUCUAGAUAGUGCAUUAACGUGCAAUGCAUCUAUAUUCUCACAGUUCAAUCUUAUCAAUACUUUAUAUAGGCCAUCUACAUUGCAACUUAGAGGACAUUGCAGCUUAACUGUAAUGCAUCUUCAAACAUAUUGAUACUUAGCUAAAAAUAGUUGAUCAAUUAGAUACAGUUACUUUGCUGCUUAUUAUUAUAUUAUAUUAUAUUUGUAUUUACAUAUAUCUGGUUGUCUAAAAAUGUAAAUGUAUUUCUGAUCAACCAAUCGUCUUUAAGCGUGAUUUAUCUGCUUAGA